AUGUUUUUGGUAAGAAGAAGCAUAUUCUUGGGGGCCAGGAAAUGCGCUAGAGUACCGCUCUUGAAGUCUUCCGGCUGUGUGUCCCUCCGCCGGCCUACCGCACGCUUCAAUUCGAUCAGAACCUUGGCAUCGAACGGCGGCCCUGGAUCCACAGAUGGCCACCAAAUCCCACGCGAGGUGCUGGAACUCAGCUCCGACGUCUACCACACACGCUCAGACGCCUUUCUGGAAGCCAUUCAAGACCAGCUCGAGGAGAUCAGCGACCUUUACCCACAGCUGCUUCCGGAUGUGGAGCUGAACCAAGGCGUUAUGACAGUAGCAGUCCCCGCAUUCGGCACCUACGUGCUCAACAAACAACCUCCAAACAAGCAGAUAUGGCUCUCGUCGCCCAUUUCCGGGCCGAAUCGUUUCGAUUUGGUGCAGGAGCGAUGGGUAUCGCUACGCGACGGCCAGGAACUCUUGGAAUUGCUGAAUCGCGAGCUGAGCACCGCCAUUCCAGAGCCCGUGGCUUUGGACGCCUGA